UUUCACUGCAGGGCCCCGCUAUUCUGGGCGCAGCGGGGCAGUUACGGCGGCGGGCUUCUGCCCCGCCUGUGCUGCGCGGCUUUGGGGACCUCUGCCCCGCGUCUCGUCCCCAGGCGCAUUGGGCCGCGCGAAGGAAGGGCGCCGCUGGUUUCCUGCUGAAAGAACGCGGCGGGGGACGCAACGCACCCGCCUGAAGUGCCCGGCGAGUCUGUGCGUUGGCACCGGCAGAGGCGGGCUUCGCUGCGGAAGUUUUCGCGCAAUAUUUGGGCGGCCAGCCGCCGUCGGCGCAGUGCGCCCGGCCGACGCGCCAGAAAGGACAUGGAGCGACAGUUCUUUCCCUUGCCGCGAACGUGGCCGAUCGCUUCCAGGACUACCCGGCGCACAUGCGUAGCGAGGCCGGGGGCGCGCGCCUCAUUCCCCUGCUUUGGCGCCCAGCCCACCCCGGCUCUAUCAAGCGGAAAGAGGGCGGGAGGU